AUAAAACAUAUCCUCCUGACGGUACACUAGUUAGACCAUAUUGUUUUAUUUGCUCUGUCUUAUCCAGAUUAAUUCAAAAUUGUUUAUGUUCUAUUUGCAUUAAUAUCUUUUAGCAUAUUAUGCUAAUAUAAACCUUUGUAGAUACACUGAUACAGCACUAUUCAACGGUUAAACCCUUUGGCCGGUAUGUGUGGUUAUUGAUCGAAACUGGGGGUCACGAUGUGUAACGCUGUCGUACAGGUAACGUCACAGUGAACAGUGCCGGACAGUGAACAUGAGUGGAAGUAAGCGUGUUGCCGUGGUGACCGGAUCAAACAAGGGUAUAGGAUACGCAGUAGUGCGGGGACUGUGCAAACAAUUUGACGGAGAUGUUUACGUUACAGCUAGAAAUAAGGAACUUGGUCUUAAAGCCGUGGAUGACCUGAAGAAGGAGGGUUGUAACGCCAAGUUUUAUCAACUGGACAUCACAAAGCCGGACACGAUUCGUGAACUGAAGGCAUUCCUCCAGGACAGUUAUGGUGGACUGGACAUUUUGGUCAAUAAUGCAGGCAUUGCCUACAAGCAAUCAUCAACUGCACCAUUCGCUGAGCAGGCGGAGGUAACAAUCAAAACAAAUUUCACAGGAACACUUGAUGUGUGUGAGGAACUGUUCCCUCUUCUCAGGCCACACGCAAGAGUCGUCAAUGUAUCCAGUAUGGUGUCUCAAUUCGCCUUAAGGAAAUGCAGAGCAGAUCUACAAAAGAAACUGGUAGACCGCACACGUAUUACAAUGGAAGAAAUGAAGACUCUCUUAAAACAAUUUGUGGAUUCAACAAAGACGGGGACCCAUAAGGAUUUCGGCUGGCCAGACAGUGCCUAUGGCUGCUCUAAGAUCGGUGUGACCGUUAUGUCUAUUAUACAGCAGCGAGAGUUGAAGAAAGACGCCAGGGCAGACAUUGUCGUCAACGCGUGCUGCCCCGGUUAUGUGGAUACCGAUCUGACGUCACACAAAGGAACAAAAACCAUCGAUCAAGGUGCCGACACCCUCCUGUACCUCGCCAUGCUCCCUCCAAACACGGACAGUCCAAAGGGGGAGUUCGUAUCUGACAGGACCAUCGGCAAAUGGGAGAUAACUCAGGCAUAAAAGAAGAGUGUUUGGAUAAACGUUUUGAAUGAUGUUAUAUAAAUCCGUACAUAAUAUCAUAAUAAAAUACUAAAAAGACAAUUUCUUUCAAUUAUGUUUUUACGUCUUUACUUGUAAAUUUCAUUUUAUAUAUAUAUAUAUGUUUAUACACAAGGGGUCGGGAAAAAGUCAAAAUUAACAAUACUUUAGUGAAAUAAAACAAAU